GCCAUUACGAAAAUAAUGCAUUAAACUUCAGUAAAAAGUAUAGGUGAUAAGAAACCUGGUGAUAAUUGGGCGACGUAACCGUAACUAGCACAAACAAAUUCACUCAUUCCCGAUUACCGGUCUUCAAUGUCAAGCCUAUUCAAAAUUAUCCGUCAAAGUAUUUCCAGCCACAAUCGACAGCAACUGAGAAAUAUGGCGAGCAGAGCGGAAAAUAUUAGAAACGGUCAAAGUGCGACAAUUGCUGUUGGGCAGAUGCGAUCCACCAACGAUAAGGUCGGAAAUCUAAGUCAGGUGAAGGAGCUUAUUAAGAAAGCCAAAUCUGAGAAUGCACAAAUGAUAUUUCUUCCCGAGUGCUGCGACUUUGUGGGCGAAACCCGCGCCCAGACAAUCGAGCUAGCAGAAAGGCUGGAUGGGAAACUGGUUUCAGAAUACAAAGAGUUGGCCAAGUGCCACCACAUGUGGCUCUCUCUCGGGGGCAUACACGAAUUGAACGAUCAAGGGAAAAUUUACAAUGCCCAUGUUCUGAUUAGUGAGAAGGGUGAGCUCGCUUCCGUCUACCGCAAGAUGCACCUGUUCGAUGCCACAACGAAGGAUAUUCGGUUGCGCGAAUCAGAUACAGUGUCCGCUGGGGAGCGCUUGGAGAAGCCAGUAGCAACAGCUGCUGGCCAAGUUGGUCUACAGAUUUGCUACGAUCUUCGUUUUGCCGAGCCGGCGAUUUUGUUAAGGAAGUUGGGCGCUCAACUCCUCACGUAUCCAGCUGCCUUUACCUAUGCUACGGGAAAAGCCCACUGGGAGAUUCUUCUGCGUGCCAGGGCGAUUGAGACGCAGUGUUUUGUAGUCGCCGCAGCCCAACAAGGAUGGCAUAACCAAAAGCGACAGAGCUGGGGUCACAGCAUGAUCAUCAGUCCUUGGGGAAAGGUGAUGGCCGAUUGCGGCGGAGAAAAAGAUUUGGAUAUAGCCACAGCAAAUAUAGACCUUUCCAUUCUGGACUCGCUUCGUCAGAGCAUGCCCUGCUUUGAUCAUCGACGCAAUGAUCUUUACAGCUUGACGGCUUACAACAUUCGUGGCAGGGAACCCGACGUGGAUCGUGCCUUUGCGGAUAACAUUGUGGACAAGCGCACCAUUUUCUACGAAUCAGAGCACUGCUUUGCAUUUACCAAUCUUCGUUGCGUAGUCGAGGGUCACGUAUUAGUGUCGACCAAGCGAGUAACGCCCCGGUUGUGUGGACUCGACUGUGCCGAGAUGACAGACAUGUUCGCCACUGUUUGCAUGGUACAGCGGUUGCUGGAGAAGAUCUAUCAAACCACAUCGGCCACAGUUACUGUGCAAGAUGGAGCCCAAGCCGGGCAGACUGUUCCCCAUGUCCACUUCCAUGUUAUGCCGCGUCGCCAAGGAGACUUUGGUCACAACGAUCAGAUCUAUGUAAAGCUGGAGGAUUGCACCGAAAGCAAGCCACCGCGCACACUACAAGAGAGGAUUAAUGAGGCUCAGGUUUAUCGCACCUAUUUUAACGAAAGCUAAAAAGUGUUUGAAUAGUUAUGCACUGUAAUUACCUUGACACAUACUAAUAAAUACAAAUCUUAGCCGG